CGUUCAGAUUAGUGGUAGCUAAAACAGUGGACUAAGUGAAAAGGUGAGUCUUCUUGUUGUCAUUAGUGGGCUUGACGGUUCAUUAGGUACGCGUCGCUAUUAGUAAAAGAAAACAAAGGAUUCAGUGGACUUUGGUAGCUCAUUAAUUCUCUUUAUUGACUAUGAUCGCCUCCGCGUGUGACUGUGAACUUGCCUCUGCAUAAUGAUAUUUAUGGAAGUAUCGAUCUAAGGAAGCAGUAUUUCACAAUAUAUUUUUCCAACAUGUGUUUGUGCGGAUUAGGUUGCCCCUGUUCUCAUUCAUGCUUGCUUUCACCUAAAAGCUAAUGCAUGGCCGCCGGGUGAGUGUGAACAAGGGGACUUAUAGGAAUACAAUCUUAUUUCCAUUUUUUGAUAGUAGCUGUCGGAAAAAAGAGAUGAGUAACUUUGUUAUGUUGUUUGGAAGUCGACGCCCAUUUGAGUCUAGCAAGGUUUCCUUUAAUAUUACAUGUGGACCAAUAAUGCACCAGACUUUCCCACAAGAAAUCUGUUUUUCCAGCAGCUGGUGAUAUUUUAUAAAGGUUGCGUGAUGUUUUUGGUCUACAUAGCCACUCUUCUUUUCCACUUUGACACUUCAUAGUGGAAUACUUGUUUCAGUUGCUGAAUCCGAAUGUUUCUUUGAAAGCAUGGAGCUUCAUGAUUGUCAAUCGAGGAGAAAUCUAUUUUAUAUGCUCUCCAUUGCCCAGUUUUUAUUUUGGUUUUUUCCUACUUCAAGUGCAGCUGAUUACCUGUCCCAAUUUCAGUCAAUUUCUGGAGGUAAGACCCUAGUUUCUGGAGAUGGAAGUUUUGAGUUGGGUUUCUUUAGUCCCGGUAGUUCGGCAAACUUUUACUUGGGAAUAUGGUACAAGAAAAUCCCAGUAAAAACUGUUGUGUGGGUUGCCAAUCGAGACAAUCCAAUCAAGGACAAGUCUGGGACGUUGAGAUUAGACAGAGAGGGAAACCUCGUACUUCUCAGCCAGAACGAGACUGUUGUUUGGUCAGCAAACCCAAGAAGAAAGGUCCUGAACCCAAUUGCUCAGCUUCUUGGUUCUGGAAAUCUAGUAUUAAGAGAUGAGAAAGAUGAGAGUCCAGAAAAUUACUUGUGGCAGAGCUUUGACUACCCUUCUGAUACAUUGUUACCUGGAAUGAAGCUGGGGUGGGAUCUAAAGACUGGUUGGAACAGGAGUCUCUCUUCUUGGAAGAAUUGGGACGACCCUUCUUCCGGAGACUUCACCUGGGAACUUGUAAGCAAAGAUUACCCCGAAUUAGUGAUGUGUAAAGGCUCAUCAGAGUACUACAGAAGUGGACCCUGGAAUGGCCUUGGGUUCGAUGGUGCCCCAGAAUUAAAGAACAAUCCUCUUUUUGGGUUCAAUUUUGUCUCCACUGAGGAUCAGGUGUAUUAUACCUACUACCUUAAGAAGAAGUCAAUGAUAUCAAGAAUUGUCCUGAACCAAACCAUUUAUUCCCGGCAACGCUUCAUAUGGAUCGAGGAAGCUCAAAGUUGGAGGCUUUAUGCAUCUGUUCCAAGAGACAACUGCGAUUACUAUAACCGUUGUGGCCCUUAUGGAAAUUGUGUCAUGGGCGAGUCUCCAGUUUGCCAAUGUUUAAGUGGGUUUAAGCCCAAAUCACCACAGAACUGGGACAUGAUGGACUGGACUCAAGGGUGUGUACACAGUCAACAACUGAGCUGCGAGGACAAGAAUAAAGUAGGAUUUAAGAAAUUUAGCGGGCUGAAAUUUCCUGACUCUACGCAUUCUUGGGUCAAUAGGAGUAUGAAUCUUCAAGAAUGUAUGGAGAAGUGCUUGGUAAACUGUUCUUGUACAGCUUAUGCAAAGUCAGAUAUCAGAGGAGGAGGUAGUGGAUGCAUUUUGUGGUUUGGUGACCUCAUGGAUAUUAGACAGAUUUCUGGUGAUGGCCGAGAUUUAUAUAUUCGCAUGAAAGGUUCUGAGAUAGCUGAGAAAGAUGGACAUAAGAUGAAGGUGGCUGCGAUAAUCAUCAUUGUUGCCUCAGUUGCUGUGAUAAUAUUGAUUUUCUUCUACAUUGGCAAGACCAUGAAAUUGUUUACAGAGGAAACAGAUGACAACCUGAUGGCACGGUAUAAUGAUGAAGACGACCAAGAAGAUUUGGAGCUUCCUUUCCUUGACCUUCCCACAAUUGUCAAAGCAACUGAUGACUUCUCGAUGAGCAAGAAACUUGGACAAGGUGGAUUUGGUGCUGUGUACAGGGGCAUGCUUGUGGAUGGAAAAGAAAUUGCGGUGAAGAGGCUUUCACAAAGUUCUGGACAAGGGUUGAAUGAAUUCAAAAAUGAAGUCAUAUUGAUUUCCAAGCUACAACAUCGAAAUCUUGUUAAACUUCUUGGUUGUUGCAUUCAAGGGGAGGAGAAAAUGCUUGUUUACGAGUACAUGCCCAACAGAAGCUUGGAUUCCUUUAUUUUUGAUCAUGUAAAAUGCAAGAUUCUAGAUUGGCCUAGGCGCUUCAACAUUGUUUGUGGAAUUGCUCGUGGGCUUUUGUAUCUUCAUCAAGAUUCUAGAUUGAGGAUCAUACAUAGAGAUCUUAAAGCAAGUAAUGUUUUGCUUGACAAUGAGUUGAAUCCAAAAAUUUCAGAUUUUGGCAUGGCUAAAACUUUUGGAGGAGAUCAGACUGAAGGAAAUACAAACAGAGUGGUUGGAACAUAUGGUUACAUGGCACCUGAAUAUGCUAUUCAUGGAUUAUUUUCUGUAAAAUCAGAUGUGUUUAGUUUUGGUGUAUUAUUAUUGGAGAUAGUAAGUGGAAAGAAGAAUAGAGAAUUUAUCCAUUCAAACAAGAGUCUUAACCUCAUUGGUCAUGCAUGGAGACUUUGGACAGAAGGCAGGCCUUUGGAGUUAAUUGAUUCAUGCUUGGAUGAUUUAAUUGAUAUAUCUGAAGCAUUGCGUUGCAUCCAUAUCAGUCUUCUAUGUCUGCAACAACAUCCUGAAGACAGGCCAAGUAUGUCUAAUGUGGUUGUUAUGUUAAGCAGUGAGAGUGUCUUGCCUGAACCCAUGGAACCUGCUUACAUCAUGGAGAAGAAAUUUCCUGAAGCAGACUAUCCAAGCAAGAAUCAGUUUUCUUCAACUAAUGAGUUAAGUUUUACCAUGUUAGAGCCUCGGUAGGGGAUAAUUUAUGUUACCUCCUGUACUGUUCAACUAAUCUAAUAUAAGAUGGCAUGUUGCAUAUUGCUUCUA